AUGAGCAUUCCUCAAGCAGCGUCCGAGGCGGCUGCUGUUGUCGCCGAAUCGAUCCCGGGGCCAAAACACUUCGCCCUCACCCACAUCGUCUACCCGCCCUCGAACAAGCUCGGCAUCCCGCUCGCCCUCCUCAGCCUCUCCCCAAUCUUCCUCUUCGUCGCCUACUUCGUCCUCGUCGUGUUCGGGCGUCGGAUGAGCUUGUUUCUGCUUGCUGUUGGAAGUGUCGGAAAUGAGGCGCUCUCGCUGUUCCUGAAGAGGAUCUUGAAGAGCCCGAGACCAUUCCCGCACCUUCCCCAUGUCGGCCACGGCUACGGUAUGCCCAGCAGCCAUACGCAGGCUGCGAGCUUCGUCCUUGCCUGGGGUAUUGGAUACUGGCUCUCGAUUGAGGCGCGGUACGACAACAUGCCGACGGACGCGAGGACAAGAACGGUCCGUAAGGUCAGGACAGGGACCUACGUCUUCGGGCUCUUUGCUUGGAGCAUUGCUUACCACUCUGCUCCUCAAGUCGCUGCGGGGUACAUCGUCGGCCUUGCCGCAGGCGCCGCAUGGUACUUCCUCACAGAGCACGUUCCGCGAACCUCGCCCGACUCGCUGCCUGGGAAGAUCAGGCAGGGGCUGCAGUGGCUCUGGACUGGCGUCGGUGGGAUCGGCGGGUGGCAGAUCGGUGGAGCCGAGGGCGGGUGGGGAGAAGGCUGGGUGUUCGGCGUCGACAAGAAGGAGGCACCAAAGUCUCAGUAA